GAGAUCUCUACGCCAAGGUCACCAGUGGCGCAAACGCCAUUAUCACCACGCUCGCCCCUAGAUGCUAACAAACCGCUCCCAUCGCCGCCUCCACCUGGCAGUGAAUGGAGGCUGGACCGUCCAACAAGACCGGUAUUGAGACUUGCCCGCAUCAUGGCUACCCUGUCCGACUCCGACAUAGAGAAGCUCUUCUCGGGAGCUCCUCAGUAUUUUGACCGAGCCGAAGGCCACUAUACUGGCGCUCCGCAUCCGUCAGUCGCGUUCCCAUGGGACGAGGAGCUCGGAAUUCGGGACUUGACCGACCACACCCAGAUCGAGGAUCGCGCUUGGACCUGUGCCUCAGCAUGGCCGCACAUCACCCGUGAUGUCCAGCCAGAUAGGUCCACGGCGCAACGGGCCUCGGAGAAGAAACGUUGUGCGCAUUUCUAUCCCCGCUGUCGCGAGCGGCCCAGCAUGCUGAGCAUGGGCGGACUUGAAAAGGGGAGCAUGGGUUUCCAAGCGGCUUUGGAACUCAAUGUCGCCGAUGCGCUGAAGGAGGAUCAAUGGGGCUUCGAGAGCCUCGCGUCCAGGCCUCAUGCCAUCGUUGAGGCACGGCAAAGAAUGCUCACCUCCAGGGAUCGCCUCCGCCAUAUGGACGAAACCUUGAUUUUCGAACAGCUGAUCAAGAACGGCAAGCGCUACAGUGAGCAGCACCCGCACCAGCUUCGGCUCUCGAGCGAACUAUACAACGAGUUGUUCCUCCAUAUCCUUCACCCCCCAACCAAGGUGAUCGACCAUCGAGAUCCCUACAGCCUUUCGGUGCAAAUUGCUGCUUUGGUCAAGGUCCUCGCUGCUCCCAACGUUUGGAUCGAUUUCUCACUCGUUGAAUGGAGGAUUCGACUUGGACAGUUGCUCUGGGGCACCCCUGACGAAGACCAAGGCGAUGACGGCGCAUCAAUCAAGACGGCUGAUUCAGUGAGUGAAGUUACUGAGGAGAGAUAUUGGCUUCUCCUCCAAAUCCUACUCGCUUGUGAGCUUCUCGUACGGCUCGACGCUAUUACGGAGGGCGACGAACUUGGCAUCGAGAGCAUUAACCCUGCUGAGAUCCACAAGUUCGAGAAAGACGCCAACACGACUGUCAAAUGGUCGUUGCACCUGGCCCGAGCAUGGUUGGAGAAUAUUGAAAUAGUCAAGACAGACCCGCCUAGUCCAGAACAGGAAAAGCCAAUAGGCUGGUUGGCAACUCUGACGAAGCGUAUGUCUAUUGCCCGCGAUCAUGGCAUUCACCAUCACAAAGACCAUCAUGGCCCCGUAUAUGCCAUUAGAGGACGGCAUGUCGAGCGCCAGGUCCAUGGUCUGCGGCAUUUUGCGACCAUGUUGCGCUGGCCAGACAUUGCCGUUUAUGGUUCCAAGAUUUCCGAGAACUGCCGGGCAGUCACUGAAGGAACUCAGCUCAACACCCCGCUUGCCAGCCCCUUGAGCAAAGCAGAGAGCCAUUUGUCCUCCUACUUUACUUUUCCUGGACAUGAUUCGCACAGGCCAGCAGCCCCAAAGCGGGAACCUUCGAGGCGCAGGAUGAUCUCUGCUGCGUUGCACUCGGCAGGUUGGCUGUCAAAGAGCUAUGUGUCUGGCCUGAUGCUACCUGGUGAUGGCAUCUGUCACUUUUUGAUGGCCACGCUGUUGGAAAACGAUCCAGAAGCUAUGGCAAGGCUUGGAACCAUGGCUAACCUCUGCGGUGGUUUCGUGUAUUCGGGCAAGAGUUUCUGGAGCACGUCUUGUAUCGUCGGCCGUGUCCUUGCGGCCGGUAAGGGUUCUGCCGAGUGUAUGGGUUGGGUCUCCAGCGAUAUCACUCCGCAGGGACUUGGAGAUGGUUGGGUCAAUGUUGAAGUUGAGGAACCUGCAGAGGACGCUCUUGGGAUCAAUCAGAAGGCUCGCAUUUGGGCAAAGAUGGCAGUUGAGAAAGACUCGAACGUCUUGGGAGACGCGGACCCCUCGUCGGUUCUCCCAGCUGACUUUAUCAUCCCAUUCGAAAACGUUUAUCGGGACAAGACACCGCCCACCCUCCUGAUCGAACUGGAUGCUCUGAAACUAUGGGCACCAGCUGAUUCGGUCCAAACCACUCCAGCUGAAGACAACGCGGCUACCCCCUUUUCGGAGCUCAGUCGCCCGGCGCAGAUUCGCACAUACCCUGCUGAGAUCUCUUUCACCGUGACGGACCUGGACACCUACAAGACCCACCAACAUACCUAUUCAUUAGCAAAGGAUGUCAACUUUGUGACUGCUCACCCAUGUGCCCCUUCUUCCCAUGUCAAGAUUCUCAGGUCACCAUCCAGCCCUACUAUCCAGCAAGUGGACCUAUCCGGGCGUGGCGCUGCUGGUAAGGCCGUAAGCGUCGUCGGCCACCCACUUCAUAAAUCUUACACAUACACCGCUCUGCAUCUAUCAGAGUUAAUGGCGAAGAAAGACUUCUCUCUCGAGGCGUUACUAGAUGACUACUCGUCCGCUGCUCACCGACCUAGUCUCACGCCUCCUUCCGCCAAGAGCGCAGCCAAGUUCCUGGUGAUUGACUGCAUCACCGGCUUCCAGGCGUUGCCGCAAGAACACGAGAUACCCUUAUCGCCGGCUGUUAGCAGAAAGGGGAGCUAUUCAUUCCCCACGCCCAGAAGGAGCAGCACCAACAACAGUACUAAUAAUAUCAAUUAUAAUAAUCACCCCUCCCCCGAUUCUUCUCCCAUCACCGCUCCGGAAGCCGAGUGUGCUAGUCCGACUACGCUCGACGGGGUCAAGGAAGGGGGAGGAGGAGGAGUAAAUAUGGAGAGUGCGUCGAAGAAGAUGCAUUCGGAGACACGGAGACGCCAAUUUGGUUCGGAUAUGGAGAUUCUCGUCAGAGCGUUUUGCGCGGAGAAGGGUUGGAAUGCCCUGAUUAGUCGAAGACGGAGGGGAUGUUUGGCUUGUGCGAUCCGUGAGGCGGGGGCAUUGGGGUGGAAAGUUAUCAUUAGGGUUGACUAAGUUUUGGGUCAUCCCCCAAAUUAUGAAAGAAAACAAGGAGAUAUACAACUGCUGUUCGGGACACAAGCGGAUGUGGUCUAGAAAAGGGGUUGGGUACUACCCAGAGUACGUGUCUGACGGAGCAAGUAACUGCUGGAAUUGUCCGGAGGCAAACACCACACUGAACGGAAUAUACUAAGGAAAGAAAACAAAUAGUUCGCGCCCACAGCAGCAAUAGGCUGUUUCUAGGGGCGUCUACUGUAAAAUGAAUGAAAUAUAGGCGACGAUAGUCAUAGCACACCUUGAAAGUAUUAAAAUAUGUAAACAUAGUAACCAAACUUGAAAACA